AGGAAUGGCUUAAUUAUGGAGAAGCUAGACGUUCACGAAAUCCCUUUAACUGUAAAAGCCCAGGUCAUUAAAAGCAAUCAAAUCCGAGAAGGACUUUGUGAGCGACUGAAAAAGAAGUUGAGCUUUGACAACUACAAAGAGACGUUCUCUCUGCUUCUUCACGUGGAAGAACUACAAAUGCAGAAGGAUAUCAGAAACUAUGAUAUGAAAGGAGUUGUUUUUCAACAGGAAAGAGGAGACAGACGCUUUCUGAUCUUAGAGGUACCUGGUCUUGCAGAAAAUCGCCCGUCCGUGUUACGCGGUGACAAGAUCUAUGCCUACGAGCCAGGUGUAUUACAGCGACGAUACGAAGGAAUCGUGCACAAAGUCCAAAUGCUGGAUGUGAAACUUGGCUUUGACAUGAACGAUAUGCCUUAUGUUAAGGGUAAGAAGUUCGACAUCCAGUUCACUUUCCAUCGACUUGCAGUACAGAUGGAACAUCGCGCGUGUGAGCGGAUUGCAUCUGUGAACAGGCAAGACAUGCGACACGUUCUCUUCCCAUCAGAAGACUGUCUCGAUCAGAAAGGAGAAAUUAACAAGGAAGUCAGUUUCUUUUACGAUCGUAAUCUAAACAGCGAACAGAAGCAGGCGGUCCAGAAGAUUGUGUCUGGAUCUUCACGCCCUGCUCCAUAUCUCGUGUUUGGACCCCCCGGAACUGGAAAGACGGUUACUUUGGUCGAGGCGAUUAAACUGGUGCACGCUUUGAUUGGCUCAAGCUACAUUCUGGUGUGUUCGCCAGAAAACAGCGCUGCUGACUUAUUAGCUGAGCGCCUGUUGCCUCAUGUAGAUAAAGGCAAUUUGUUCCGGAUUUAUGCUGCGUCAAGGCCGUGGGACUUUGUGCCUCAAAAGCUCAAGGACGCACGAGUGGUAAAUUUUGACCCUGUGUUACGUGAAGUGUAUUUCCCUUCUAAAGAAGAGUUGAUGAGCGACUAUCGCAUAAUUGUUACAACUCUGGUCACGGCAGGAAGGUUGGUGUCAGCAUUGUUCCCAAGAGAUCACUUCACGCACAUUUUCAUAGACGAGGCGGGUCAUGCAACAGAACCUGAGUGUAUCAUCCCUGUGGCGGACCUCCUGGAUCCCAAUAAUCCCAGGGGCGGUCAGCUGGUGCUUGCGGGAGACCCUAAGCAGUUGGGCCCGAUCCUCAGAUCCCCAAUUUCACAGAAAUAUGGACUGGAAACUUCUCUUUUGGAACGGCUGAUGACGUCAUGUCCUGCCUACGAUUGUGGACCCAGAGGGAGUUAUAAUCCAAAUCUGUUGACAAAACUUGUGAACAAUUACCGUUCACACAAAGCCAUUAUCGAGAUUCCCAAGCAGCUGUUUUAUGAUAACGAGCUGAAUGAAUGCGCUGAAGAUUUCAGGUAA